CUACAGCUCGCACCAUCUGCUCUCCGCUGAUAGAGCUCGUGCUCUCUCACAGCGAUGCAGAGCGCGAGCUCUCUGAGGAGAGAGGACUUUAAAAGAACUGGAGGAAGAAGGAGGAAGACUUGGGUUAGGGUUUAGUGGACUUCAUGAGGACCACGAUGGACCCCCUAGGGACCAGGACUCUGGGAUCCUUUAAGCAGCUCUACUGGUUUCUGUUGUGGUUUCACUGGUUCAGGAUCAGGAACUGUUGACGGACACACUCAAUUAAAUCCUCUGGUGACUCCUCCCACUUCUCUGACAUCACAGCGAGGGACACAAACAUUACCGAAGAGACUACAGACUGAGGAGGAGGAAGAGGAAGAGGAGGAGGAAGAGGAGAAGGAAGAGGAGAAGGAAGAGGAAGAGGAGAAGGCAGAGGAGAAGGAAGAGGAAGAAGAGAAGGAAAAGGAGGAGGAUGCUGCUGUGAACCAAGAAAAGACCUGAAGAAGAAGAAGAAGAAGAUUAUAUUCUUCCUCCUCCUCUUUCUCCUGUUACCAUGACAACCUCAAAGGCCAACCCCCCGGCCAAUCGGGACAUCAGCUCGGACUCGGGGGAGGAGCCGUCAGAGCUGUCAGACACCAACAAUGAGGCGUUACCGUGGCAACAGAAGGAGGAGGAGCGUGAUGAAGAGGAGACGCAGGCCGUGGCUUCGUCUCCGGACGGAAGAUUCCUGAAGUUCAACAUCGAGAUCGGACGAGGAUCCUUCAAGACGGUCUAUAGAGGACUAGACACGGAGACCACCAGGGAGGUGGCCUGGUGUGAGCUACAGACUCACCGGCUCACCAAGGCCGAGCGUCACCGCUUCACAGAGGAGGUGGAGAUGCUGAAGACUCUGCAGCAUCCCAACAUCGUCCGCUUCCUCGACUCCUGGAAGUCCUCGCUGAGGGGCCACAAAUGCACCAUCCUUGUGACGGAGCUCAUGACCUCCGGGACCCUGAAGACGUACCUGCGUAGGUUCCGUCAGAUGAAGCUGAAGCUGCUGCAGUGUUGGAGCUUCCAGAUCCUGAAGGGGCUCCAGUUCCUGCACUCCCGCUGCCCCCCCAUCCUGCACCGAGAUCUCAAGUGUGACAAUGUCUUCAUCACCGGACCCACAGCCUCGGUGAAGAUCGGAGACCUGGGCCUCGCCACGCUCAAGAAGGCCUCGUUCGCCAAGAGCGUGAUUGGGACCCCGGAGUUCAUGGCUCCAGAGAUGUACGAGGAGAAGUACGACGAGGCCGUGGACGUCUAUGCCUUCGGCAUGUGCAUCCUGGAGAUGGCAACGACCGAGUAUCCGUACUCCGAGUGUCAGAACGCCGCCCAGAUCUACCGCAAAGUGACCAACGGAAUCAAACCGGACAGUUUUCUCAAAGUUGCAGUCGCUGAGCUGAAGGAGAUCAUUGAAGGCUGCAUUCGCACCGACAGCAAAGAGAGGUUCACGGUUCAGGACCUGCUGGACCACCGGUUCUUCCAGGAGCAACUGGGGGUCCACGUGGAUCUGGCCGAGGAGGACGAUGGCUCGAAGGCGGCCCUGAAACUGUGGCUCCGGAUGGACCACAACAAGAAGCUCCACGGGAAGUACAAGGACAACAACGCCAUCGAGUUCCUGUUCGAGCUGUACAAGGACAUCCCGGAGGAGGUCGCCCAGGAGAUGGUGGUGCUGGGCUUCCUGUGCGAGGCGGACUACAAGCCAGUGGCCAAAGCGAUUAGACACCGAGUGACGGCCGUGAAGCGUCAGCGGGAGAAACGGCACCGCCUGCUGGAGUCUGAGCCCGCCCCCCGGACGCCGAAACCGCCCAAUCACAGACCGGCCAAUCAGCACGACUCAGCAGCUGUUUUAGGUCCCGCCCCCUCCUGGAUACAAGCCCCGCCCACGGCAACAGUGACAUCGGCAAGCAGAGAGGAUUCUGGGAUGAGAAGCGUCUCCAGCAGGACGGAAGGAGACGGAGACGAGUACACGACGGCUACAUCGGACCGUGAGAUGAACGCAGGUGUGCUGGAGAAGGCCGAAGCCACGCCCCCUGUAGUCCCUCGCCACGCCCCCCUAUACUCUGUCCCCGCCCCUGCUCCAGUGGUUCAGGAAACCUCUCAACCCCAGGCUCAUCCCCCUUUAAUCCGGACUCCAUCCAAAGCUCCGCCCCUUCCCGUGCUGCGCUUUCCCAAGAGCAUUGCCGUGUCCCACAAUACCGAGCGACAGCCAUCUGGAUCAGUGUGCGGGUUCUCCUCACCUAUUGAGAGCUACGCCUCCGAAGUGACCUCAGGUUUGAGUGACGGCAACGACGGCCAAUCAGACAAGGGCAACCAGGAAGUGAGCUGCCGGGCGGCUACAAAGCAGUUCAGGCGGAGAGCGAGGGCUCGUCUGAGGAUCACAAGGGUGUCCGACAUGGCGGACCGCGUGGUGGAGUGUCAGCUGCAGACCCACAACAGUAAAAUGGUCACCUUUAAGUUCGACCUGGACGGAGACAACGCGGAGGACAUCGCCUCUGUGAUG